CUUACCUGUAGUCUGACAAUGUUUCUCUUGACGGCUCUUGUCGUCUUGGCACGCAUAAGUUCGGCCGAGAUACUUGCAAGCAGUCCCCUUUGUGAUAAGCUGCGAGAAGGUCGAGCAACACCCGAGCAGGCCAACUCGACAAUUGGUCCAUGGGCCCAGCGCCAGUUCGACGAAUGGAGAGGUCUCAACGCCACGGGCUUCAGGACAACGGGCUACAACGCAACGGGCUACAACGCCACGAGCCAUAAUGCGACUAGCCAUCGCGCAACCGGAGAUGAUAAUCGGUUCUGGACUUGGUUCCAUCACAAGUGGGCACCUGACGCAGCAGACUCGAUCAUCAGUUGCAAGCUCUCAAAGGUGUGUUCAGCCGUCAGCUGCCAGUUCAUCAACGAUCAGUACAGUCUGGAUGACCAAAUCAAUGCUUACUGGAGCCUUGAAUCCAUCACCAACUUCCACAAUAUGGCCUACGAAAUUAAGGGAGCCAACGAAAAAGCUUGGAAUAGCGUGGAAGGCGAUCUUCCAAACAUCAUCGAUACAUUCUCGGAUGGCAAGAACAUCGAAGCGGAGAAGAAGAGACAUGACAAGCAGUGGAAACUUAUAGGUCACACAAUCACCGGUACCACUCUGGCCGUUGGUGCCGCCUGUACUCUUUUGACUGCUGGUAUGUCUGCGGGCGUAAUUGGCACUGCUGAUGCGCUUGUCAUCGCAGGAACUUCGAUAUCUAAAACGAGCAUUGCUCUUUUCGGUGCUGAAGUGGGCAUGCUUGGAUCCACUGUUACUACGGCCAACAACUUCGGAUCAGAUUUUAUGGGAGGCAAAGACUACGUUGGCAAGAUGGACCGCAUGCUUCGCUCGUCACAGAAGAUCAACCACGACAAAGUGUAUGAUGCGUUUGAUAAGCACAUGUUGAAUAUCAUGUCUGGAGAGACGAAAGGCUCGACAUCGACGUCGACUUUGGUGAAGCUCAUUGAGAGUGGUAGAUACCUUGAACCUGGUAUCCUGACCUUCGAACAUAACGCUGCAUUCCGUCAGCAAUGGACCGCAUCAUUCAUCUCAAGCAUCUGGAAUGUCGAAAGGACAUACAUCGUCAUGUCCGACGUGAAUGGUGGUAGGUGCGACAGUGACACAAGAGGGUUUCAAGGUAUACGCGUCUGCCUGGAAGAAGCACCAAAUUAUGUCUUCUACAUGUUCGCAAAGACACACGUCCGAGAGGGAACGAUGCACAAGGCUUUGAUCCGUGGUCCGCUCGGUCACGGAAACCUCGAAGCAUCCACCAACUACACGCUGACCGAUGUCGUACGUGCAUCGUAUGUAGCUUCCAAGCACUACGGCUACCAUAUUCUUCAUCGGAAGGACAACAUGGUCGACAACUUCUACAGCGUCAACUCGUUUCAAGCUGGCGGAAAAGCUCACGGGAUGUUUAACAUUCCCAUCUUAUACUCUCCAGGAGGCGAGGCGAUCUCUUCCAUCAACUCCAAGAAGAACCGCAACUAUCCUUGCAUGGCUGCAGCUCUUCCUUGGUCGCUCAAUGGCCAGAAGGAGAAUGUUACCAAUGAUGAUGAGCUCGCAGGAGAAGAAGAAGAGACCAACACCACCACUGAGGACGAAUUUACACCCGAGAAUUCAACACGCAAGGCCGUAAUGAAUUCUCUACAACCUAGAGGGGAAAUAUGGGACUGGAUCAAGGAUAAAGCCAAUAGGGUCAAAGACAAGGUCAAAGAAGUUUUCACGACGGGCAAGAACAAAGUCAAGGAAUUAAUCACGGGCAAAGGUGCCGAGAGCGGAGGCACCUGGACCAACAACGACCCCGAAACCAUGUUUCAAUUCCUCAACGUCACCGGCUUGUACAGAUCCAAAGACUGGUGGACCUACUGCCAUAAGAGGGGCGAACAUCACGGCAACCACUGUCGUGGCAACAAGGCAGUCAAUUGGGAAGGCAAGUUUCCUGGUGGCGCGUACAAGAAGAUUAGACACCCUUUUGCGCAUUGCAAGACUCGUGGACAUGAGUUCAAGGGCUGCGAGAGUCCGAACAACAACGGCUUCCAAGAGAACAAAAAUUGUGGUAGUGGCAAGAGCGGCAGUGGUCAAAGUGGUAUGGCAGAAAUGAAGACCUACGACUCGUCAUAUGGUAUGGCGUUUGAUGCGGCGAAUCAUCUGGAUAGAACUGAAGACAUGGAUGAAGCCGAACUAUCGGAUUGGACUGAUGGCAGCGCCAGUGAUGCCGAAGAUGACGCCAGCAUGGAUGAGUUCUCGGAUGAGGGAGACUUCGAGUAGACUGAGGGAGGAGCUUGCUAUGAAAGCGACGUUUGGUAGCUUUGUGAUAGAUGUUGGUGGGACAUGCUGGACUCGGAUAAUGUGAACUUCUAAUGUAUAGUUAUGUUGUUCCUUGCACCCGUGGUCUUUGUUGUGAACUA